UGGUGCUACAUGUCUGACAUCUUCCUCUUGCUGUAGCUAACAGGAAGUUGUGGGUAGAACGCUCCACAAAAGAUAUUUCAUUCUGUUCAGGUCGUCAUUGGAAACCAUCCUCAGCAAUGGUGAAGAUUUUUGUGGGGAACCUUCCCCGAGAAGCUACCGAGGAUGAGAUCAAGGAGCUCUUUGAGGAGCACGGCACGGUUACUGAAUGCGCCAUCAUCAAGAACUUUGCCUUUGUCCAUAUGGAUGACCGUAAGGCUGCCACCAAAGCCAUCAGGACCCUUCAUCAGCACAAGCUCCACGGCACAGCGAUCAACGUCGAGGCCAGCCACGGGAAGAACCAGGGCCCCGUGAAACUGCAUGUAGCCAAUGUAGAAAAAGGAGCUGAUGACGAACUCCGUGCUCUGUUUGAAGAGUACGGUACGGUCACAGAGUGUGCUGUUGUCAAGAAUUUUGCUUUUGUGCACAUGCCCAACUAUGAUGAGGCCAUGGAUGCUAUCAAAGGGCUUGAUAACUCUGAGUUUCAAGACAAACGCAUCCACGUUCAGGUUUCUAAGAGUCGACCUAGGUAUGAAGAAUGUGAAGACUACCCACCUCCUCCCCCAGACAGGGGAGGCUACUGGCCUCCACACUAUCCAGGAGAGCGGCCUGAGCCUCCCCCACCCGGCUACCUGAGGGCUCGCCCCAUGCCCCCUGGUUACCCAGGUCCUCCUCUGCCACCCCCUCCCCCGAGACGGGCGGCUUAUCCUGAGCGGUCCUAUGACAGCGAAAGGGAGGGAUACAGUGUAGUAGAUUACUACGAGAAGUACCGAGCUCGUCCGUACGCCAUGUCUCCCUAUGAAGAGCAUCGUGCUAUACCCCCACCUCCUCCGCCUCCGCCCUCUUCUGUCGUUCGAGACCGCCUUAUGACCUCACCGCUUAAUCCAUAUGAGCGUCGGCCCCUCCCUCCUCCCCCUCCGCCUCCCCCCUCAUCGUACUACGCCCGAGAUCGCAGCCCAAUCCGGAGGGCUCCUAACGCACCGUUGCCCCCUCCGCCCAGUAACGGCUAUGCCUACGAUCGCUCUCCAUACACAGUUCCACGUGCAAGGGACCCCUAUGCGGACCGGCUGCCUCCGCCACCACCUGCACGCUACGCAUACUAAUGCGACACGUCAGCAUUUUGAAGGAUUGUUGUCCGACUGCGUCGCCGCUUCCUGAUUCACGUGACUUUAUCCUCUUCCUGUCUGCGGCUGAGCGCGUUUCGUUCCUCUACAACACUCAAAAGGAUCUGAAUUCUUUUCGUCAAUGGCUGUUUGUUUGGUUUUAGUGCUUAGAAUAUGUUUUUUCCUUCUUCUGACUGUUUUAGUGUUGAAUUGUACUGUAAAAUCCUUACUGGCAAACGUCUGAAUGGGGCGUCUUUUUAUUUAAAACAACCUUUUCGUUUUAUUAAGCGUAAUAUUGUGUGUGACCUUAGAAAGUUAAAUAAUAUUCGCAUUCCUUUAAAGGCGGCUUUAGUUUACUCCCCAACCUGCACGUUUGAUUAAUCAUGUAAAUGCUCUCCAUCAAAAUUCAAACUUCUGUGGCGUUGCUGUGAAACGUAAAUGGAAAACAUGUAAAUUAGUAACUGCCCAUUUAAUGACGCAAUUAAUACUGUGCGUUUGCAAGAUCUGCUAAAUUUUCCCUUUUGGUAAAAUAACUUUUGAUUAGUAAGUGUGAUCUCGAUGCUCACUGCGCAACACCUUUUCACCUUUGUAACCGUUUGUAAUUGUUUGCUGAUUUUAAUAAUCUUUUCCUCAAUAGAAACAAGCGAAUCACAGCCAUGUAAAAGCGUUACGUUGAUUAAAGAACGUCUUGUCGGCUCUUGUGAGAUCAUAGUUUUUACCACUCAACACCGUACCACUCGACUACACCCAGUCAGUAUCAAAAUUUAAAUAAAAGUCAACUCGUAAAGUUCUUCCUAGUGUACGCAAAGAUUUCCAAGCCACAACCUCUGUUGACCUGGGGCCAGCACUAACAUCCAAAGGCUGUAGGGGAGCUUCACAGUCAGCAGGUAAGUCAAGGGAUUACUGACACCAGAAAGAUGUCACCUGUUUAUGUUUUUACUGCUUUUGUAGAUCAUCCGUUUUAGGAAUUGAGGACUUCAUGUUGUAGGAAUGAAACAGGACAAUGAAGUUUUACAAUUUAGGAGUUUUUACUAUUAAUGUACGGCUUCACAGAUGGGUGACAAAAAACGAGACGUCGAACAAGCGUUGUUCCCCAACCCAAGACAUAUCUACUCCAUACAACUGAUACCAGCAUCAGUAGAUCGGACAUUGAAUGAUUUGUGUACUAUAUGAUACGAAUCAACAUCAAAGUGUUCUUGUUGGGCCUCAUGUUUAAAAAAUAUAGUGUAUGCACAAAAAAAUUCAAAAUUAUGAAUAAGCACAUUCCAAAUCAGUUGACUACCUCUUGGAAUAUCAGGCACCUCUCUUGACAUGACCCUAUUGUAAUAUGAAAAAAGAUGGAAACAUGGCCUCCAUGUUCUUUGUACGAUAAAAGGAAGUCACUUGAUGGUAGGUAGAGACAUGAAAAAAAACUACACUCAAGUAAUUGUGAUUUUUAUGUACUAGCACGGUGUACUUGGUCAAAAGCUCCAAUUAGAUCUGGGAAGUAUUAGGAAUUUCACACUUAAAGUCAUCAUAUGGAUGAUUUCAUCUCCUGACUCGACUCAAGUCUUACUUAUGUGGCCAAAUAGGUUAGCAGACAUGCUCCAAAAUGACCUUUGUAGCAUGGAACCACUUUGUAGUCAGUGGCUGUAAAGGCAGUACGUAGCACUUAGCUGUGUUGCGCUUUGGAGAAAAGUUCCAACAAGAUUAAUCCUAGAAAGCUGAAACAAACUAGUCUUGUUCUCUAAAGACACUCUCUUUGGCAUAUCGCAGUUUAACCUUUAACAACACUGUUUUUAUUAUUUCUCUUUUAUUGAAUAUGCUUCGUAGUGCCAAGUACAGUUCUGACACCUGAAAGAG